UAAAAUUCUUUAAAGAAAAAAAAUGGAUGGUGCUGAUACUCCAAGUCUUGCUGCUAGCGAGGAGGUCGAAGAGGAAGAGAAGAUUGAUCCGAAAACUGCAUACCAUCUACAAUUAGAAGAUGAUUUUGUGAGGGUUUCGGAAUUGAUAGAAAAUAUUCCAGAACUUCGACCAAUCGCCGACGACUACAUUCGAACAUUUGAAGCGUACCGAGAACAAUACAAUCAAUGCCAGAAACUUUCCACCACUGUUGAUGAAUUAAAUACAAUUUUAGCAGAAAAUAAUAGACGUGUUAAUGAAGCUUUAAAGAAAGGAAUCGAAAAUGAAAAACUUAUUGCUGAAUUGCAAAGUAAAUUGGAUUAUACAUACCGUGUGGCUGAUGCAGCACAUGCUCGUGAACAAAAGGCACAAGAAGUUAUUGAUAAUUUGCGAAAACAAGUAUCUCGUUUAACCGCUGAGGUGGAAGCGCAAAACAAAUUGCCUACUGAUAUGGAAGAAGAUCCAGCUGCAGCGAAACAGAAGGAAAGUGUACAACGUGAACGUGAUCGUUUAGUUGGCGAAGUUGAUCAAUUGAAACAACGAAUACAACUGUUUACGACGUAUCAAGAAGAACUAGAACGUAAAAAUUCAGCAGCUGAUGCACGCAUUAAUGUUUUAUCUUUGCAAGUAGAGGAAGAAACAGGUUCCAAGAAGAAAUUAUUAAAAGAAAAAGAGGAUUUAGAGGACCAAGUGAAAAUUUUUCUUGAAGAUACGGGUAAAUUAAAUUCAAGAGUUGCGGAAAUGAAUACAAAAAUAGAACAACAAAUUGCAACUAUAUCAAAAAAUGAAGCUAAAAUAUCGGAAUUAUCAGAAACUAUUGAAGAAUUGCAUAGAGAAAAGGAAAAUUUCAAUUCGAGAUUAGCACAUUUACAAGAAAUUUAUGAUAAAGUGAAAUUGGAGAAUAAGAAAUUAAACGACUCGUAUACAUCACAAACUGAACAUUUAACGAGAGCAUCACACGAAGUAAAAGUUUUACGUAAAGAACUAACAGGGACAAAAGCCACAAUUACUUCUCUUGAACUCGAAAUAAAAGCCACAAACGAGAAAAAAGCUUUUCUAGAAAAUGAACAUGUGAAAUUUCGUUCAUCGCUCGGUUUAAUGCAGAAAGAAGCUGAUAUGUUAAGAAAAAAAGCUGAUUCUGAUAAAAGAUAUAUUGAUAAUUUAACUAGAGAACGUGAUAUUUUAUCAAAGAACAUUCGAAGGGCAGAAACAUUAUCUUUGGAUCAUAUUAAAAUAAUAAAAAUUCAAGAACAAACUAAACGUAAACUAGAGAAUGAAGUGACGGUUUUGACACGGGACAUGACAAAACAAAAGAAACAAAUUGCAGCAUUGGAAAAGGAAAGAGAUCGUUUAUUAGCUGAAAUAUUAGAUUUAACAAAAAGUGUUAAGGAAGCCAUGGAAGAAAAUGGCGUCAAACAGAGCGAAAUAUUCGAAUAUAAAAAACAAUUAGUUGAAACUGAUAGUCGUGUACGAACAAUACAAAACUUAUUCGAUAGUAUACGAACAGAGCGUAAUAAUCUACAAAAAACAUUACAAGAAACACAAAAUGAUGUGACGGAACUGAAAUCGAAGUUAAAGAUGAGUGUUCAUCAAUGUGAACAAUUAAAGGAAGAUAUUACAAGUAAAGAAGAACAGUUGAUAAAAGUUGAUAAUUCGUUGCGAAAAGCUAAUAAAAUUAUUGAAACAUUAAAAGUUGAUAUACAAAACGGUUUGGAUCGUUUGAAAGAUGCUAAAAAUGAAAUAAACGAAUUAAAAGAUGAAAUAAAAUCGUUGCACAAAUCUAUAUGGGAACAAGAAGAUAAAAUUAAACAUUUAGGGAAAGAAAUUGAGCAAAUCAUGAACGAACGGGAUAUUCUUGGCUCACAGUUAGUUCGACGUAACGAUGAAUUAACUUUAGUUUAUGAAAAAAUCAAUAUUUUGGAACGCACUUUACAAAUAGGUGAAAAAGAAUAUUCUCAACGUAUUGAUGAUAUUCGAUUAUUAAAAACUGAAAUAAAACGAUUACGCCAAGAAAAAAGUUUAUUAACAAAAGCUGUGUUAAAUACAACUGAUUUACAAUUAGAAGUGUUUAAUUUAGAGCGUGAUUUAACUCGGGAACGUCUAAAAUGUCGUGCUUUGGAAGAGGAAGUACAAAAUCCAUUAAAUAUUCACCGAUGGCGUAAAUUAGAAGGAUCUGAUCCUAGUACAAUGGAAUUAAUACAAAAAAUUCAAAUAUUACAAAGGCGAGUACUACGUCAAACACAAGAAUUAGUCGAAAAGGAGAAACAAUUAAAAGAUUCAGCAUAUUUAUACAAUCGUUUGCAAGAUGUUAUAAAAAAACAGCCGUUACCCGGUUUUCAAGAUAAACUUGCAAUGACACAGCGUCGUAUUAAGGACCGUGAAGUAAAAAUGAAGGGUUUAGUUUCUGAAUUAAAUUUAUGCGAAGCGAAAUCCGAAGAAUAUAAAAUGGAUAUAGAACGCUUAAAAAAUGAAUUAUUAGAUUAUAAACAAAAAUAUUAUCAAUUGAAAAAAGAACGUGAAAUAUUUUUACAACGUCCCGGAACUAAAUUACCUGCUAUAGAGGCCAAAAAAUGUCAAUGUGGGAAGGUGAAUUGUACCUGUACAACGUCUGUAAGACACCAAUGUGACAGUGAAAAAGAGGAUCGGAUAACUAUUUUAGAAUGUGAUGAUUGA